AUGGCCUCGAGUGAAGGGAAAGUAAACGGUGUCAUACGAUCGAAUGAGCCGCUGCCGCUGACGGUCGAUGAGCUCACCAAGCAUUGGUUCGUCCAGAUUCUCAACAGACCUGUUCAUAAUGUUGAAGUCAUCGAGACUAUCCACGGAACGGCUUCCAAAAUCCUGAUCAAAUUGACGUUCAAAAAUGGUACCGAUAAAAGCGCCAGUAAUAUCUGCGUCAAAGGCGGUUUCAAUCCCGACAUACGAGAAUCUUUGCCUUUCCUCUACGCCAUUUACCGCCUUGAGGCUGAGUUCUACUACUACCUUGCUCCAAGGCUAAAGAUCCCGCUUCCACCGGUAUUGUAUGCUGGUACAGAUACCGUGAACGGACAGGGUAUCGUUGUGAUGGCCAAUCUCAAAGCUCAGGGCUACACAUUUGGUAACCCACUUGAGACAUGGCCAGUUGAGAGAACGAGGAUGAGUGUCGAGCAGCUAGCUACCCUGCAUGCAAGCACCUGGGGGGAUACAGGUGAACAGAUUCCUUCUGUGAGCGAAACUGUUUCAAUCAGAGAUGCAAUAGUGGGAUUAUUGGCAACAGAGGAAUGGGACAAGCGAUUUGCUCCGGAUGCGAGACCUCCAGUUCCUAAGUUUAUGGAGGAUAGAGAGCGCAUGACGGCUACAUUCAAAGCUCUUUGGGAAUCAGACUCCAAAAUGAAAUGCCUCGUCCAUGGUGAUGCACACAACGGAAACACAUUCAUAUCACCCACAGGAGAGCCUGGUUUUCUUGACUGGCAGGUCAUUCAUGCUGCAUCGGCCUUGCACGAUGUUGCUUACUUCAUCGGCGGGUCACUGUCAAUUGAAGAUCGCCGCACUUAUGAGAAAGACCUCUUGCAGUCUUACCUCAGCGCUCUGAAGCACGCGGGCGGUCCGCAACUUGAGAUAGAGGAUGUUUGGGAAGAAUACCGACGACAAACCUUUCACGGCUUUGCGUGGGCCCUUGCUGGGCCACUGAUGCAGAGCCGUGAGAUUGUUGAUGCCAUGGUGGAACGGCACUGGGCGGCGAUUGUCGAUCACAAGAGCAUAGAAUUACUGGAGGGCCAGGAGGUGUGA